AUGGCCGGAUUGCCCACUCAAGACGAGCUUGCAUCUUUGACCACCAUAGAAGCGAUUCGCCUUUACUGCGGUUGUGCCACAUCAAUGUGGACUGUGCUGGAUGCAGCCCUUGGAGGAGUUGCAUCGAUCAUCCUUUUCAGUAUGUUGCCUGCAUCAACCUUGCGCCACACCUUGCACGCUGCGCGGAUCCCCGCCAGAGCAUCCACCGCCGAGCGUGCUCUAACAGCAAUGGAGGUGAUCCAGGUGGCUUAUAUGUGGCGUGUGGCCCGUCGAGCUGUAGACCUUCCAGAUGUAGAUCCGCUGGCAGAGCCAAGUCCAGUGGUAACUGCACCUUCAAGUUCAGCAAGCUCGGGCAAGAAGGUGAAGGCUUCAAAUGUCCUAGACCAAAUGGACGACACGGAGAUUGUUGCCAUGACUCGUCAAGAGCUGAAUCAGGCCUAUCAGUUCCACAUCGAGGAGACAGGGGCAGAACCACCUCACGACUGCGAUCCAACUGUCGAGCAGGUUGCUGCCAUGAGGGACAGAACCAUAACCAGGCAAGAGGCACCCUAUGCAGACUUCAGCAUUUUGACCCCUUUUGGCAAGACCAUGCAGCGGCAACUCAAGACUCGAAGCUGGGUCUUUCAACAAGAUGGCUCGUUUCGAGCACUCGAUGUUCCGGGACCACCAUCUCUGGAAGCCUGGAAAAGUUGUUGGAAAGUGUACAGGAGCAUUUUGUUCAUGCUUCGCUAUCCUUCGACUGCAUCAGGGUUGGCUCCAAAGAAGGUUGUGACGUCGGCAUCGUUGGAGGAGUACUUCGAGCGCAUUGUGAAGCUUGCUGCAGAUUUUCCAGAGACUUGGCAUUUGAUCAUGCGUGCCGAAGACAAGUGUCGGUCGGAAAUGCUGGAACGUUACAGAAGACAAUUGACAAAGGCUGCAUUAGAGGGCCGGCUUCCCAUGAACCUCGACUUCGACCCGAAUCAACCAUGGAUAGGUGUCUUCACUUAUGCCGCCAGAAAUUCAGAGUUCUGGGACGAGCAAGUGGUGAAACCAUCUACCAUUUUCAUUGCCAGAAGAGGCCGACACAUGACCAGCGAGAAGGCAGAGCGUGUCCACAUUCCAGAAGAAGCACAAGCUGCCCUGGACAAUGUGAAAGGGAUGAAGCCGGAGUUGGGAAAGUCACCGAAGCCGAAGAGCCCGAAGAAAGGCAAAGGUCCGAAGAGAGCUUUGGGGGAAACGUCAGAAUCGCCGCCUGCUGCCAAAACCAAGAAGAAGGAUACCGAGCAUCCUCGCAAGUGGGGAAACCUUUUUGUGACCACGGCAGAUGGGGUGGAGAUUUGUUUCAAGAACGCCAAGGGCAAGCCUGGCACAUGCCCAGAGCCAUGUGCAGAUCACCGCGCGCAUGUUUGUCAAUACUGUUUGGGAAAUCACUGCAAUGCUGCCUGCCCAAUCAAGAAGAGCGUGAAAUUUGCAAAGGGCUCUGGAAAGCGAAACUGCUCAGAUCCGCAGGAGUCAGACUCAUCCUCUGGAAGCUCACUGAACACUUGCACGCCCUCUGUUCUUGCAUCGUUUCAUCAAAUCCAACAUGCUGCUCAGGUAAAGGAGGAUGGCUAUGCAGUGUCUCCGAGCCCCUUUGUGUUUGUAGAGCUGUUUGCAGGUUCUGGCGGUUUGAGCAGAGAGAUUGCAGAGGUUUGUGGAGGAUUGGUUCAUGUUUUGGAACCUUUAGAUCAACAUGGGGGUUGGGAUAUCCUUACGGACGAUGGCUUUGCACAGGCGAAGGAACUUGUUUCGAAAGCAGAUCAUGCUCAUUUGGCAUUUCCAUGUCGAAGUUUUUCCACGGCACGAAGAUCAGAUCAACAUGGCGAUGUUCCUGUCAUUCGCAGUUCGGAGAAGCCGGAUGGAUGGGGUUCACCGCCUGCAGUGGAAGGAAAUUUGAUUUUGGAAAGCGCCAUCAUUUUAGCUUUCUUGCUUUUGGACAAAGGUUCAACAUUUUCGAUGGAAAACCCGGAGAACUCCUAUGCUUGGUUGGUUUCUUUCAUCCAGCGAUUGAAGAGAGUCGUUGGAGUUAUCUUUUCGGGAUUGGAUCAAUGCCCCUUUGGUGCUCGCACUCAGAAACCCACUGGAAUUUUGGGAAACGCUGCAUGGAUGACAAGUAUCAACACUCGAUGUCAUCAAGUCAGACCUCAUGCUCAUAUGGAAGGUGGCCUUCAGGGCAAGACAUGGGAUCCCAUCACCAACACGUGGGUUUGGAAAACUUCCAAAGCUGCAGAGUAUCCUCAAGGACUAUGUCACGCUUGGGCUUUGGCUUUGAAGGGAUGGUUAACAUCCAAGGAGGGCUACCAAUUCAUGGCUUGCAGAAUUCUGGUCAAGGUGAGCCCGUUUCAGAUGGUAAGACUGGACAUGGUUGGAUCACGACUGGACAAGGCAGUCACUCAAAUGGAACCCUUGGAUGCUUCGUCUUCAAGACAGCGGCUAAGCAAAAGGGCCGUUCGAGAGGAAGAAAACCUUCAGGCCAUAGGUGGCCUCCGUGACCCUCGCAGGGCAGUUGCACGUUCCCUGAAGUUGAGAAGGGUAGGGGAAAGAAUUAGAACAGUUCUAGAUCGGUGCUACUCAGUUCAAGACUUGCUUUCCUUUGAGAAGGCCGUUGGCAUGGACGCAGAACUGGUUUACAGAUGUCGUCGCGAGAUGGCUGCCGAAUUCAAAGUUUCUUGCACCUUUGUUUCUGUAGCUGACUAUCAAACUGACCUGUUGGAAAGUUUGCUGCAAGAGGCCGAGGACAAGGAUGCAAAGGUUUUGCCUGGAUGGCUCAGGCAUGGUGUUCCACUGGGGAUUUCUCAGCCCAUUGAGAACACAAACAUUUUCCCUGCUACAGACGAUGUUUCAGCUGCAAUCAAGGCGUCUCAGACAAUUGGUCAAUUGUUGGAAGACUGGUCGGGAAAGGCACUUAACUACAGAAGCUUUUAUGAGGCUGGUCAGAAGGCGCAAUCAGAGCUGGAUCGUUUGGUUACUGAUGGAAGAGCUGACUGUGUCGACACGUGGGAGCAAGUCGUUUCCAUGGUCGGUACAGAUGCCAAAUUGACGCAGUUAGCAUGCAUCAUCAAGAACAAGGAGGGAAAGGAAAAGGUCAGACUUGUGGUGGAUAUGAGACGCAGUGGGAUAAAUGGGACCAUGACACUUUUGGAAAGGGUAGUUCUCCCACGUAUUCCGGAUGUUGCUAAAUCUUGUGAUGAACUCCUCAAAACGUCAAAUCCGGAUGACCAGUUGGAGUUCUUUGUUUGUGAUUUCUCGGAUGCCUUCUACACUUUAAAGCUUCAUGAUUCGGAGAGAAAGUGGGUCGUUUGCAAAGGCUUGGACAGCCGCCUUGGACGGCAAUGCUUUGGUCGCCUCUUCAUGCAGCAAAGCUUCAAUCAGCUGCUGGGCCGAAGCGGGAUACCACUAGGGGGAGUGAAGAGAGCUCGUGAGGAGCUGGGGUUGAAUGGUGUGAGCAACAGUGCUCUUGGAACACCAUCCUCAGUUGAAACACCGGCUUUGUCUUCACAUGUCCCUUCUUUGGCAACUGGUACGGGUUUCAGCGCUGGCAACAAUGAGGCUCCGGCAUUCAGUAAUGACUGGAUAUUUGUGCCAGUAACUAGUUCUUUAGGACCCAAAUUUGCUGAGAAGGCCGAUCCUGUGAACGCAUCUCAAGUUCUCAGAGUGGUUGACAUGGUAGGUGCUCAUUCUAGCUCAAGCCGUUUAGCUGGGGGUAGCUUUGCUGUCGAGCAUGCCGAAGCUGGAGUGGUGAUCGAGGCUGCCAGGAGGCACAGGCCAAAGGGCCCCUUGUUGCCUGAUCCACGUAGGGCAUCAAAAGGGUCAGUGUCACAAGCUUUGCGCAUUGCUGGAAAUGAGAGGGAUGCCAAUAGGGCAUUGGAAGUUUUCAAUGACGCAAUGUAUGCUCCUCAGACCACUGCCACCAAGAACGCGUUGAGAAAUACUUGGUGUUUGAUCUCCAAUCAACUUGGCUUGGAGGCGUUUCCUUUGUCCACGGAAAAGAUUGUCAAAGUUUUUGCAGUACUCAGGGCGUCGGGGUUUAGAUCUGUCUAUUCCUAUGUCUGCGAAGCGAGACAAUUUCACAUCAGACUCGGACAUACAUGGACUGCUGAACUUGAUUUGUGUGUCAAGGACCCAAAGAGAGCAAGUACAAGAGGUCUUGGUCCGCCAGUUAAGGCCGAAGAAAUCCCGGAAGAAUUACUUCAGGAUAUUUGGACUCAGGGAAAGUUCGUUGAAGGAAGGGCCAACUGGCCUGAGCUCAGACAUGAAGUUUGGGUGGUGGCAAUUUCUUUCCUUCUUCGUGAGACGGAAUUGGCAGGGUUGAGGCUCAGCCAAACCGAUAUCCUGAUUGACAUUAGAAAGAAGCAGGUUUCCCUUCAUCUCCCGGUUUCCAAAGCAGAUCCGGUUGGUCGUGGCUGUAGGAGAACGCUGUCUUGCAUUUGUAAUUCUCACAGAUGCUUCAAGUGUCCUUUCUGUGCAGUGAUGUCGCUGGUGAGAAACCAGGUCAUCCGAACUGGUGUGCAACAGACAGAGCCGAAAGCGGAGGAGAUCCCCUUGGUUGCCUCUAUUGGGUCACCGUGGGAAACCAUCAAGAAGGAGGCAGUCAUCGAAGCGCUGAAAGGCGAUGCUCAGUCGUUGGUGGAUGACCGUCCUCCUUUGAAGCAUCGAAUUUGUGUGGAAAGAGUCACUGGUCAUUCUUUCCGGCGCACAGGAGCCAAGAUGCUGGCUCGGUCGGGAAUUUCCAUUGACCUCAUCCAAUUUAUGGCUAGGCACAGUUCAAGUGCUAUUUUGAGCUACGUUGAAGAAGCUGCAGAGGAAUCACCGGCUAUCUCUACUCGCCUACAGGAUCACUUGGAUUUGAGAAGUUUGAUCAAUUCGGCAUUGAAGGAUUGCAACGACUUAAAGGAGUCAAUGGAGAAGGUCAAUGCUAGACUGAAUGAAGGCACAGUGGGAACUCCUAUCGCACUGACGCGUGAACAUGUCUAUGAAGCAUUCGACCGCUGGUCAAGACCUGAAGUGGUGUACAACAUCCACACCAGCAAGCUUCAUUCGACUUCUGGAAAUUGCUUUCGAAAUAGUCCGAAGGAUUGGACCACUUCAUGCGGAUGGAAAUGGAUCACAUCGGGCAGAGACGCACGGGCAGUCUUGGAGAGAAACGACUUGCCCUCUGAUUUCACCAUUUGUGCAAAGUGCCAUCCAAAGAUUCCACAGUGGGUCUUCGGAAACAACAUCAGAUAUGCAACGAGCUGGACCUUGGUGGCACUCAGGCCAGAUGGCCUUUGGAGUGUGGCACACCUAGUAAGGUCAUAUAAUAUACCCUUAAUAGUGGGUUGCGGUUUUGUUGUAUAUUUGUGUUUGUUUUUGCACUGA